AGCUUAACCAGUCAUACAUAUAGACCUGUUCAGUAUUUGCUGGUACCAGAAACAACAUGUCUCACAUAGCUGUGGAAAGAAACAGAAGAAGACAGAUGAAUGAGCAUCUCAAAGUCUUACGUUCCUUGACCCCUUGUUUCUAUAUCAAAAGGGGGGACCAAGCUUCUAUAAUAGGGGGUGCAAUAGAGUUCAUAAAGGAGUUGCACCAAGUUCUACAAGCUUUGGAGUCCAAGAAACAAAGGAAGAGUAGUUUGAGCCCUAGCCCUGGUCCUUGCCUUAGCCCUAGCCCUAGGGCGCCACUGCAACUAAUAACCUCUAGUCUUCAUCCUGAUCACCAUAACCCCUUUCCCUUUGGGAAUAUUGAAAAUGAUCUCAAGGAACUAGGCGCUGCAUGCUGCAACUCUCCAAUUGCAGAUGUUGAAGCAAAGAUAUCAGGAUCAAACGUUAUCUUGAAAGUAAUAUCGCGGCGAAUACCAGGUCAAAUUGUGAGGAUAAUCAGUGUGUUGGAAAACCUUUCCUUUGAGAUCCUUCACUUGAACAUCAGUAGCAUGGAAGAUACUGUCCUUUACUCCUUUGUCAUUAAGAUAGGGCUAGAAUGUCAGGUGAGUGUGGAGGAACUAGCAGUUGAAGUGCAACAAAGCUUCUUUCAAGACACAAUUUAUACAUAUGAGUUAUAGUAUAUGGUGUUUCCCGGAUUUAAUUGGAUGGAUAGUUGUUGCUUGAUAUAUCGAUAAAGAAACAUUCCAUAAUAAAAAAGUUAAUUUUGAUUUACUAA